ACCAAUUACCAGUUACCCAUUCAUUUCGAGGCCUCGAUAUUUCCAGUGACAGCUUGCUAUUACAUCGUUCUGCUCAAUUACCUCUCACGAACUAAGCUCUUAUAUAAAUCUCACGAGUCAUGGGGAAACCAUCAGAUAAACAGGACCCUAAGGAUGCAACCGAUGCCGUCUCUCUGCAUACCAACCCGGGCGAGAGCUCUAGAGAAGAUCAUCCCAACUAUGAUGAUUUCGAUGCACCCGAAAUAUCAAUUGACGACUUGCCACCGAAUUAUAGCGAUGCUGUCGAGUCAUCCGAAGCCGCUUCUUUGCUUCCGACUAACCCCGCCACCACUACGCGACCACAUCUUCCAGACGGUACCUACAUCGAAGAUCCAAACACUGGUUCCGAAUCGUACAUCUCUCGGAGUCUUGAAGAUCCAGAAAAGCUAGAGGCACAUAUUCGAACAUGCGCCGGAAUUCCUCCGCGGCCAUAUGUCAAGCUCGUCGGAACUCAUUCCGAGACAAGAAAAGAUAGCAAAGGAAAUACAGAGAAGAAUACGAUCACCGAUUUCGACAUUUCUGUUGAAUUAACACCCUACUUGUAUUCCGAUGCCCAGUACAGACGGUCGUGGUCGAAACUGCGCACCGUGGAGAACUUCGAAAAAGCGAAACGGGGAACCAUUCUGAAGAAGUGCGCCCCGGCAAAUCAGAAUAUCGAGCUUGGUGAUACGGAGCCAACAUUGAGGGAGUGGUGCCACCGAUAUGCUGCGAGCCAUGCGGGAUUGAAGGUCUUCACCCUUCAAAAAAGAGUGAUUGGGCUUCAUGAGGAGUACCUUAAGCAGCGACUGCGGGAGUUGGUCCGUGAUGCGAACUACCGCGGGCACCUUCAUGUAGAGAUCUUGAUGAAGGGCGCAACCGUCGACUGCUACAAUGAGGCUAAGACGAACAGGUGGCGUCUAACUAAGUGGAUACAAGUCCUGUUCACUGUCACCCUUUUAUUUAUCUUCACCUGGCCGUACCUAUGGCUGCGCACGAAAAGGUGGGAGGUAGCUAUCGUCGAUUGGGAGUUCUCGCGGGUUGUCGAUGGCCGUCCUAAGGAGUAUGUAAGCAUCAGUGAGGACCAAUGGUACAACAUGUGGGGGCGUACUAUUUUCAAAGCGGUGCUAGGAAAGCGGCAGGGGUUAUUGGAUCACGCGGAUUUGAGACGGGCCCAAGAGGCCGAACCGGCGUUCGAUACCGGUAACUCGACUGUUGACGGAGGACUCGGACUAUUUAGAGCCGGCAUACAUGCCAUAACUGAGGUUAAUCGUCAAUUAGGUUGGGGUGGGGACUGCUAGAAGCGUUCCCCGGAAACAAUUUGUAGUCGGAGUUAUCAACUUCGAGAUCUUGUCUACGGUAUCUCUUUCCUAGGAUUCAGUUAUCUGCUAGCACGGGCGUCUCUAUGGACGGAGAUUUUCAUUAUCACAGUGAUACUUGGAGUUCGAUGUUUGAUGUUCCUAUUGGGAUAAAGAUGGGUUAAUGAAUGAAUAAAAUGGCCAUUUUAGCUGAAACAUAUACUAGGACGAUUUGAUGCCACUUGUGCCUGAGCUUUCCUAUCUCUGGCUGCGUACCCCUUGUGAUUAUCUGUUGAUUAUCUCUUGUAUAAUUUUAGAUAACACCGCCUAGUUGCUUGAGUUGCCUCGGCGUAGCUCGGGAACUAUUAGUUAUGUAGGCACCUAUCUAUAAAAGGGUUGAUAUCUUAGGCGUGAAU